AUGGCUGAUGAACGUGAGAAAGAAAUAGAACCCGAAGGCGAAAUGCUUAAGGUCAUGAAUGCAAUGGAAAAAGGAAACGCGAAGCACAUUCGAGAUCAUGCUAGGAAUAUAGUGCGCAUGAGGCAUGGGGUGGUAAAUUAUCGUCAAAUAUCAAGCCGUAUUGAUUCAAUGGUUGACUAUUUUGAGAAGGAACCGGAACAAAGUAAGGUGCUUAGUUCGAUUCCAGCAAUUGUUGAGUCCAUUGAUUCUUCUUUAACCAGAGGAAAUACUAAAAACAUGUUGAAAACAAUGGAUCAAAUAGAAAAGCAGUAA